GCCCAGGCCCUCAUGUCCCUUCCCUGCCACAGGCUACUCAUCUUCCUAGGCCUGCUGUGGAGCCUGGUGGCAACACUUCGGGCUUCAAAGUGGCCCGAGCCUGUAUUCGGACGCCUGGCGUCCCCUGGCUUCCCCCAGACGUAUGGCAACAAUCAGGAUCGGUCCUGGAAGCUGACUGCACCCCCUGGCUACCGCCUGCGCCUCUAUUUUACCCACUUCAACCUGGAACUCUCUUACCGCUGCGAGUAUGACUUUGUCAAGUUGAGCUCAGGGAACAAGGUGCUGGCAACACUGUGUGGCCAGGAGAGUACGGAUACUGAGCAAGCACCGGGCAACGACACCUUCUACUCGCUGGGCCCUCACCUGGAGGUCAUCUUCCACUCGGACUACUCCAAUGAGAAACCAUUCACAGGCUUUGAGGCCUUCUAUGCAAUGGAGGAUGUGGACGAAUGCCGAGCGUCCCUGGAAGAAGCCCCUUGUGACCAUUACUGCCACAACUACCUGGGCGGCUACUACUGCUCCUGCAGAGUGGGCUACACUCUCCACCAGAACAAACACACCUGCUCAGCCCUAUGUUCAGGCCAGGUGUUCACUGGGAGGUCUGGGGAGCUCAGUAGCCCUGAAUACCCACAGCCGUACCCCAAACUCUCCAACUGCACCUACAGCAUCCGCCUGGAGGAGGGCUUCAGGGUCAUCAUGGACUUCGUGGAGUCCUUCGAUGUGGAGAUGCACCCCGAGAUCCAGUGCCCCUAUGACUCCCUCGAGAUCCAAACGGAGAAGAGGGAAUACGGCCCAUUUUGUGGGAAGAUCUUACCCCGCAGGAUUGAAACGAACAGCAACAGCGUGACCAUCACGUUUGCCACUGAUAAUUCGGGGAACCACACGGGCUGGAAGAUUCGCUACACAAGCACAGCUCAGCCCUGCCCUGAUCCAACGGCGCCACCUAAUGGUCACAUUUCACCCGUGCAAGCCAAGUACAUCCUGAAGGACAGCUUUUCCGUCUUCUGCAAGCCUGGCUUUGAGCUUCUCCAAGGUUCUGUGUCCUUAAAAUCAUUCACUGCUGUCUGUCAGAAAGAUGGAUCCUGGGACCGGUCAAUACCAGAGUGCAGCAUUGUUGACUGUGGUCCUCCCGAUGACCUACCCAAUGGCCACAUGGAAUACAUCACAGGCCCUGAAGUGACCACCUACAAGGCUGUCAUCCAGUACAGCUGUGAAGAGACUUUCUACACAAUGAGCAGUGAUGGUAAAUAUGUGUGUGAAGCUGAUGGAUUCUGGACGAGCUCCAAAGGAGAAAAAUUCCUCCCGGUUUGCAAGCCUGUCUGUGGGCUGUCCACGCUCUCUACAGGAGGCCGCAUAUUUGGAGGGCAGCUCGCAAAGACUGGUGACUUUCCUUGGCAAGUCUUACUACUGGGUGAGACCAUAGCAGCAGGGGCUCUUUUACAUGACAACUGGGUCCUAACAGCUGCUCAUGCCGUGUAUGGGCUAACAGAGGACGUGUCCUCCCUGGACAUUCGCAUGGGUAUCCUCAAAAGGCUCUCCCCUCAUUACACCCAAGCCUGGCCCGAGGCUGUCUUUAUACAUGAAGGUUACAAUCACAAUGCUGGUUUUGACAAUGACAUAGCACUGAUCAAACUCAAGAACAAAGUCAUCAUCAAUGGAAGUGUCAUGCCUGUUUGCCUGCCAACAAAAGAAGCUGCAUCCUUAAUGAGGACAGAUACCAUUGGAACUGUGGCUGGCUGGGGCUUAACCCAGAAGGGGUUUCUUGCUAGAAACCUAAUGUUUGUGGACAUACCAAUUGUUGACCAUCAAAAAUGUACUUCUGCAUACGCAAAGAAGCUCUACCCAGGAGGAAGAGUAACUGCUAACAUGCUCUGUGCUGGCUUACAAACUGGUGGUAAGGACAGCUGCAGAGGUGACAGUGGAGGGGCAUUAGUGUUUCUAGAUAACGAAACACAGCGAUGGUUUGUAGGAGGAAUAGUUUCCUGGGGUUCCAUUAAUUGUGGGGAGGCAGAUCAGUAUGGGGUCUACACCAAAGUCAUAAACUACAUUUCCUGGAUCGAGAACAUAAUGAGUAACUUUUAACUUUCAUGC